UCCACCGGCUAUCACCACAACCCACAGCGCCCACACUCCUCCACCGCCCCUCGCAGUGACUCUCCUGCUGCUCCCUCUACAGCAGCUGCUUGCGCCCCGGCCACGGCCUCGCUCUCCGGCCACGGCUGCCCUCUGACCUUCUGCCAGACGCCACCACCCCGCGCAGCCCGCGCUCCCUCUGUCCGCCCUUUUCUCUUAAAUGACUUGAGUUGACUUCUUCUCUCUGGCUGUGCGUGCUUGAAGAGGCCGCGCGCCUUGCUAGCCUACAUGACCCCCAGCCCUCCGCAAGAAGCAGAACACUUUCGAGGCAAAACUCUGACGCCCGAGUCGCCAAAACCCGUUUACUACCCUUCGCCUUCCAACAUCCCCAUCCUUGAACUCCAAAUGGAUCCCCUUUUCCAUGAGUCCGCUCUGAGUGUCGAGGGCACUUCCCCGUACAGCUCCUUUCCCCACCAAAACCCUCCAAGCGACCCAGCUCUCCGCUCCUACUAUGGCGAGGCUCAGUCUGCGCCUGUCUACCCCAACGCUCAGACUGGAGGCGCGUCGGCCAGCGGGCACGAUGAGUAUGGAAGGUCAGUAGGAUAUGCUGCGCCGGGCAACCAAGAUACUUCCGCAAUACACACAUAUGCCCAACCGCAGCACGCCGCCGCUUCCUUCAGUGACGCCACUUCUACACCCAAGCACGAAGAACGAUCUCCGUAUCCCAUCUCCUAUGACCCUCCUGCUCGUAGCCCUUACCCCGGCGCAGACUCACAACCCCAACCUUCCCAGGGCUACGCUGAUUACUCCAAUGAGAGCUAUGGGAAUGGGAACGGCACACAGAGCAAUGCUUUGGCUUCGACUUCCACUUUACCACCCGCUCCCAACCUUCCCCCCCGACCUCCCCCACAGGCAAAGCCCGCCACCCAUCCGAACUAUGCCCCCGAAGACGACAUCAGAUCAUAUCAUCCCCAUAGUCGCAAAGCCCCCGAUGCCUCCUAUCGUGGCCAGCCCGGCCUAAAACCGUUGAUGACUGGGAAUGCCCCCGGAUCCGGGCCACCCAAUUCGGCAUACUCACAACAGCCUCCAAUACCGGAGUUAGAUCUGCUUGAUGAUGAGGAUGCGAAAUGGCCACCAGCGAUAAACAAGAUAUAUGACGAGUUUCUGGAUCAAGAGAGGAAGUUCGUAACCGAUGGCCAAUGGGAUCAAUUCCCUCUCGGAUCUAGGUUAUUCAUAGGCAAUCUUCCCACGGAAAAGGUCACGAAGCGCGAUAUAUUCCACAGAUUCUACAGGCACGGCAGACUCGCACAGAUAUCCAUUAAGCAAGCAUACGGUUUCGUCCAGUUUCUAGAUGCAGAUCAAUGUCGUGCUGCCCUACAGGCAGAGCAGGGUCAAUCCAUUCGGGGCAGAAAGAUGCACCUCGAGAUCUCGAAACCUCAGCGCAAUACCCGCAAGGCAGACGACGGAGGCAAUAACGCUAGGGGCGGCGGCGUUCGACGUAGAUCGCGCUCACCGGACUACACUCGAGGGGGAACAGGCUCUCAGGGAGGCCGAGGUAUGGAUCGAUAUAGUAGCCAGCCAAAUGGGUCGUCUCCAAGAGACAGGGAGUUCCGUCGGAGUCGUGAUGACUACCGUCCUGGACGCUCCCCAUCGCCUCGUGGGGGCGGCGGUGGUGGCCGCGGCGGCCGAGGCAGGGAUAGGAGCCGCGAUCGAUAUGAUGGACGGAGGAGGAGUCCAUCCAGGUCUCCGCCAGGAUUUGGGCGAGGAAGGUACCGGAGUCCUUCACCUAGGAGAGAUACCGAAGACGACUUGCCUCUUCCACGAAGGGCACCUCAUGAGAUUCCCGACAUUCAAGUCAUCGUUGUAGAUGACCUAGUUCGGGACUUCAUUGCAUGGGUUGAGGGAGCUUUCCACCGAGAAGGCCUGCGCUGUAAUGUCCUUCUGCUCAGUCCUCGUCUGUCAGAAGAAGCAGUUGUCCGAAGGCAGAUCCUGGAGGGUGUUCAAGCUGUCUCUAAGCUCGAUCGCAGAUCGCUCGAGACAAGUAAGAUUCCGCUCACGAUCUUCGAUAGGAGAGGCGGGGAGAAUAAUAUCAGAUAUGAAGAAUACGCUGAUCUCGAGCCAUCUACAGCUGCUAAGCUUGUUCUCAACGCGAAACACACUCACGUGUUGCCUAUCGCUCCCCCGACACCCACACAAUACGGCAUGCCAUCCUCAGGAUACAGCUUGUCGCAGCCUGGUUACCCCCAAAUGCAAGGACUUCCGAGUCAAGGCCCUCCACCACCGGCUAAGAAUGCAAAUCUCUCUACCCUGAUCUCCUCUCUCGACACGUCGGGAUUGCAGAAGCUACUUGGUGUGAUGCAGCAGCCAAACGCACAGCAGGCGCAGCAGCCCCAGACAGGCCUAAGUCCGGACUUGGCCCGUCUUCUAAGUGCCGCUGCUGGACCUCCUUCGCAGCAGGGAUACGGUCAACAAACGCCUUUAAGAGGGGGCCCUGAUCAGAAUGCGUAUGCAGCUCUGGCAAAUAAUCCAGCAUUGGCGUCCUUGCUUGGAGGCCAGCAGCCAAAUGGUCCGCAGUCUCGAGCUCCCCCGGCACAAAACCAACCGGCACCACAACCUGACAUGAAUGAGAUCAUGGCCCAAUUGGCAAAAUACCGGAGGUAGGCGAUUUCCUCUUCUGUACAUAACUGCCCUGUGUCUCUAUAUUUGGCAAGGAGUUUCAAGGGCGGAGAACGUGUGGCGCUAUUGCUGCAGCCGUGGAAUAAUCAUGGAGGCUAUGGGUUUUGAUGGCAUUGACCAUGCGCAUGUAGCAAAAGAAUUCAAGCAACUCAUCAAUCGCUUUUUCCUGUUUGCUGUUUGAGAUGCUCCGGCGGGUCGAAAUAAAUGAACAAAAUAGGAAAUGGCGGUAGGCUUAGAGUUGUCGAGGUGUGAUGAGAUAUUCCUGACCGUGGUAGAAGAGUGUACAUAUUGCUACAUUAAGACAUUGCAUCAC